AUGGAAAAAUUCCUUAUUCAAUCUAAAUGUGUAUUCCUUAAAAGCUUCUAUUUGCAUUUAAGGAAUAAUAGAUUAAUUCCAAAUAUAUUAGUGCCAUUUUUAUGUGGAUUAAUACUUUGGUUAUCUUACUUCAAUUCAUUAGAUUUUUUAAAAUACUCAUAAACAUUGUAAUUGAUAUUCAUACUAUUUUAAGUUAUAUGCCUUUAGCUAUUUGUGGAGUUAUUAGAAGUUAUAUGAUGAUGAUAGUUAAUGAGAAGAAAGAAAGAUAGAAAGAAAAUUAAUUAAUAAUGGGAUUGAAAUUAAGUGCCUAUUAUACAGGAUGGAUAGUAUCAUGUGUAAUGUGGACUUGCAUAUGUGCAUCAAUCUAUAUUAUCAUGAUCUCAAGUUUUAUAGCAUUGAAUUGGCAUUACUUUGCAUUUUAUUAAUAUGCAAUCUUUUAUCUUCAAUACAUGUUUUAUUCAUAUGCAGUUGUUGGAUAAAUGCUAUUGAUUAGUAGUCUAUUUUCAGAUGGUCGAAAGGCUACUGAUGUAUAUGCUGUAAUCUACAUGAUCAUAGUCUAUCUCUAUUACUUUACAGAUUGGUCAAAGCAUAGUGAAUACUCAGAAUUACUUUUGUCUAUUUUUCCAUAAAACUUGAUAGUUUAUUUUUGGUUUCAAAAAAUCACAUCAAGUACUAUUUCAAUGAAUUACAUUUAUACUUUAAUUGUAUUUUGUAUUUAAGGGACAAUAGGAAUUCUGUUAUAUGUGUAUUUAGAUUAAGUGAUUCCAGAUGCAAUAGGAAUACACAAAUCUCCUUUCUUUAUUUUUUAAUGUUUAUUUAAAAAGAAGAAGAAUCAAGUAGAAUAAUUCGAAAUAGAUUUAGAACUAUAAUAGUAAAAUAGUUUAGGAUCUGAAUUGUUAAAUCCUUAAGAUCAAAUUUAACCUAUUGAAGCUAAUGAAAAUUAAGUAAUAAAAUUGACAUAAUUAACAAAAGUAUAUAAUGGAUAAGCAGUAGUAAGUAAUCUUAGUUUAAAUUUGAAUAAAAAUACUAUUUUUAGUUUAUUAGGACAUAAUGGUGCAGGUAAAUCUACUACUGUUAAUAUGAUAUGUGGAUUAAUUGAAAAAACAACAGGAUAAAUUAAUAUAAAUGGAUAUGAUAUUGAUAAAAAUUUAGAUGAUAUUAGAUAGAUUUUAGGUUAUUGUUCAUAAAAAGAUGUAUUAUAUGGAGAGAUGAGUGUUUAUGAUCAUCUUUAAUUUUAUGGUCGUUUAAAAUUAGUUAAUCAAUUAUAAUUGUCAGGAUAGAUUGAAUAUGUGUUGAAUAUGUGUCAUCUUUAAUAAGAACAACAUCAACCUGCUAUGUAUUUAAGUGGUGGUGGUAAGAGAAAAUUAUGUUUGGCUAUUGCAUUGAUAGGAAAUUCUUAAGUUUUACUUUUAGAUGAACCUACUACAGGUUUGGAUCCAAUAAGUAGAUAAUAGAUAUGGAAUAUAUUGAAAGAAAUCAAAUAAGAUAGAUGUAUUAUAUUGACAACUCAUUAUUUGGAUGAAGCAUAAGAACUUUCAGAUUAUGUUGGUAUUAUUUAAUAGGGAAAAGUGACAGUUUUUGGAACAGUUGAUUACAUAAAAAGAUAAUUCUCUGUUGGUUAUAAUAUUUUAUUAGAAUGUAAAAAUGAAUUACAUUAAAAACAAAUUUUAGAUUAAAUUUAAUCAACUUUGUAAUUAAUAUGUAAAAAUGAAAUUCAUUUUAUUCCUCAAAAUAGAAAUCUAAAGUUGAAUAUACCUUUAAGUAAUAGUAUGAAUGUGGCUUCUGCUUUGGAAUAUUUGGAAACAGUAUAAAAUAUUAAUAUAUCAUUUGAAAUGACAACUCUUGAAGAUGCUUAUAUUAAAAUACAUUCUUAAUCAGAUUGGGGUAAUAAUUAAAUUGAAACAGAUAAUAAUACUCUUUUUAAUAAAAUGUUUUUUGAUUUUAUUCCACAUUUUAACUUUUUUAAAUAAGUAAAAGGACUUUUUAUGAGAAGAUUAUGGAUAUCUGGAUAGAAUAAAUGGUAAUAUGCUAUGUUUUUAAUUGCUUGGAUCUUAUUAUUAGGUUGUCUUUUUGGCUUUAACAAUAUAACUCCAGAAAUUAUAAUCUACUUAUAUAUUUUGAUUAAAAUAAUAUUCAUUAGUUAACAAUCCUAUUAUCCUAUAUAUGAAAAAUAACAUAAGAUUAAGGAUUCUUAUAUAACACAUGGUGCAAAAAUAAUUUCAUAUUGGACAUCAGUAUUUCUGUUUGAUACAGUUGUUAUAGCAUUUGAGUAAUUUAUAUUUUUAGUACUUCUUUUAAUAGCUAAAUAGAUUGAUGGAGAAAGAGAAUAUAGACAAUAUAAUAUUUUAGUUUAUGUCAGGAUUAUAUUAGUAAAUACAAUAUUUUCAUUUGCACUUAAUUGUCAAACAUAUUUUGCAACCUACUUUUUUAAGAAUACUUAUACAUCAAAUGUUUAAUUACCAUUCUUUUUAUUAACCUUUCAAUUUUUAGGAAUCAUAAUAUUUACAAUAAUAUUUCAAUGGCAUGAAUAUGUAGGAAUCAUUUUCCCACCUAUUUCACUUGUUUAUGGAUAUGAUUGGAUCUUUUCAGGUUUAACAAAUAAGUAUCUAUUGCAAACAUAAAUAAAUUCUAUCAUAUCAAUCAUCUUCUUUUUCUCUAUUAUUAAUUAUUUAGAAUAUCGUUUAAUUAGAAAAAAUUCAAAUAUCUUAAAUUAUUAAGGAAAUGUUGAAGUCAAGUAGGUGAAUUAUACAAUAGGAAAUAGACCUAUUUUACAAAAUCUUAAUUUUUCAAUUGAAUCCAAAGAGAUUUUUGGAUUACUUGGACCGUAAAUAUAUUUAUAUAUAUUAUAGUAAUGGAGCAGGCAAGACUAGUACUUUUAAGAUCAUCACAAGAGAAGAACAACCUACUUUAGGGUCUGUUGAAAUAAAAAAUGAAUCUACUUAAGUUGGAUUGGUUCCAUCCUUUUCUCCUCUACAUGAAGAUCUAUCAUUAGAGUAACAUCUUAAAAUAUAUGGUUCAUUAAAAGGUUUAGAUUUUGUUUAAAUUGAUAAUUUUAUUGAUAGCUACACUUCAUAUAUGGAUUUAAAAAAGAUUAAAGAUAAAAGGGUUAAAGUAUUGAGUGGAGGAGAAAGAAGAAAAGUUUAGAUGGGUAUAGCAUUAAUAGGAAAUUCAUCAAUAUUACUUAUGGAUGAACCUACUAGUGGAGUAGAUCCAGUUUUUCGUUAACAAUUUCAAUAAUUAAUGUUAAGAAAUUGUUAAUAAAAUGAGAGUUCAAUUUUAAUUACUACUCAUUCAAUGAAAGAAGCUUAAAGAAUGUGUGAAGUCUUAGGAAUUAUAAUUAAUGGUUAAUUAAAGUUUAAAGGAAGUUUAAAUUAAUUAAGAUAAUAAUAUGAUAAUAGAAUAUAAUUAAGUUUCCAUUUAAAAAAUGUAGAAGAUAAGGAUAAAUUAAGAGAAUUAAUUGGAUAAAAUUUAACUAAAAAUAUUUUUGAACCUUAAGGAUUAAGUGGAGAUAAUUUAACAGUGUUUGUAGAUGAUUAAUCAAUUAAAUUUUCUUAACUUUUUAGAUUUUGUUCUUUAAGGGCAGUAGAAAAUAUAAUUAAUGAUUUUGAAAUUUAGUAGGCUACUUUGGAUUAAAUAUUUAAACACUAUGUAUAAUAAUAAUAGGUGAAUGAUUAUCCAUAAUAAAUAGUAGAAGUUUAGUAAAGAAGUUUAUUAGGCAUUUGUUGCUGUCAGAUUUGA